CUAUCAGUGUCGCUGAUGAAAGUAUCAUUUUUUGAAAUUUCGCGCGAAUACUCACCAAGUUUUCUCGAGUGCCACUUUAGAAUAUUCCUAAAGGUAAAUCCAGUAAAUCGAUAUUUUUUCACAUUUUAAACAAACAUUGGUAAAUGUCAAUCGAAAGAUAAGAUAAGUCAAGACAUGGUAGAAGUCAUGGAGAACUACUAGUUGAAUCAGUGGAAAUAAUUGUUCUGUUUCGCUUUUUUUAUAUGCAAACUUAGAAAUCAAUAAUGGACAGAUACAUAGAAUUCAUGGGCCUCAUCUCCAUCAUGCUGCUAUCAACAGCUUUAGCUGGAUGCCCCUCCAAGUGCAUUUGUUGGAAGAAUGCAGUGAAAUGCUCAGAAAAGUCUCUAAUGAACGUGCCAAAUUUCCAAAGACUGGAAAACAACCCAACCAUCAUUGACCUAUCCGCAAACGAAAUAGAUUUUAUUGCAUACGACGAUUUGAGCUUCGAUAAAGCCGAAUUCGUACACAUCUUAUAUUUGAAUAAUUCAAAAAUAAUCGACGUUGACGAUACAGCAUUCAAAGAACUCAUCAGCGUAGAAAUAAUUAAUCUCUCCGAGAAUCUUUUAGGGGAUUUACCGCCUAAUACGUUCCUGUACAACACUAAAUUAAUUUUUUUAGAUUUAUCCAAAAAUUUAUUCAGAAUAAUGCCGAAAUUGGUGUCCUCUAGCCUGGAAUCACUAAUCCUUACCAACUCUGGAAUACAAAAAGUUGAAAACGACAAUUUCGCACAAUUGCCAAAUUUGAAAUACCUGAAUUUACAGAGGAAUAACAUCAAGAUGGUCGAUUUAGAAACGUUCAAAUAUUUGCCGAAACUAAAUUUAAUAGAGCUUGAAUUCAAUCGGUGGAAAUGUACCUGUCAAUCAGUUGAAUUAUUCAAUUAUCUGCAAGAAAACGAUGUAUUAGAUAUUAAAAAACCAAUCCAAUGUAAAAGCAAUACAGAUGUUUUCAUAACUUUUUUUACCGAAAAUGGGACUUCUGAACCUAUCAAGGAAUUAUGCGAAAACAGCAAGAAUGAUUUAUCUUAUAAUUUUGUUGGAAACUAUCUAGAACCAAAAGAAAUAUUCAAUCAACGCAGAAGCGCUGAAAAUCAACGUAAAAUGACAAAGGAGAACAAUCAAAAAAUACAGAAAUCAGAAAAGAAUGAAACUAACACUGCAACCCAUUACCAGAUAAUAAAGAAACAAAAUGAAGAAAAUCUAAAAACCAAGUGUAAGAAAAAUUUUGACAACAUUCCAUCUUUCACUAUUACAAAUUAUAUAAUUUUUUUCGUCGCCGUAAUUUUAGCAUUCAUUGUAGGCUUAGCCUCAGGUUGUUUAUUUGUGGGAUCCUCGAGUAAUAAGAGAAAAGAUAGCAGUUCUAGCAGUGAUUCCUUACUCAAAGGGAAUAUUUUAGUUUAAUGAAAAAUUUGGUUUUUGGUCCAUGUGCAAUGAAAAUAAACAGAUAUAUUCAAGCAAAUAAGUUUGUACAAAUUCAUACUUAACCAAUUGUAUAUUUUAUAGUAUUAGGUAUAUUUAUUAAUUAUAUUAAUUAAGUAGUGUCUGAAACUCAAGAAUUUGUUAUCUUUUUUAUAAUAAAUUUAAUGACUGAGUUAACCAGUAA